AGAUCAACUGCUUCUUCUUUGACCACAUUUCAGCAAAAUGAAUAUUUUUCGAUUGGUUGCGGAUUUGAUGCACUUGGCGUCCAUCGGAAUCCUCCUGCUUAAAAUACAGAAAACUCGUUCUUGUGUCGGAAUCUCCUUCAAAACGCAGCUUCUAUAUGCUGUUGUCUUUUGUACUCGUUAUGUCGACCUGUUGACAUCCUUUAUUUCAUUGUACAACUCUCUCAUGAAGAUCUUUUUCAUAACCUCAUCAUUGUACAUCGUCUAUCUGAUCAAGUAUAAGUUCAGGGCCACACACGACCCUUCCAUUGACACCUUCAAAAUCGAGUUCUUGAUCGGUGGAGCUGCAGUACUGGGCAUCCUCUUUCCCUACAAAUGGAAUGUUACUGAGAUUUUAUGGGCAUUUUCCAUCUGGCUUGAAGCGGUUGCUAUCCUGCCUCAGCUUUUUAUGCUCCAGCGUACUGGUGAAGCAGAAACAAUUACUUCACAUUACUUGUUCGCUUUAGGCGCUUAUCGCGCUCUAUAUCUCCUUAAUUGGAUAUAUCGAUAUUAUACCGAAGGUCACGUCGACUGGAUUGUUUGGAUAGCUGGAAUAAUACAGACUGCUAUCUACUCUGACUUUGCUUAUGUCUAUGUGACAAGAGUCUUGCAAGGCAAGCGCUUUGAGCUUCCAAAGUAAGACCAUGGCAUAGACAGAUAAUAUCCAUCCAACCUCCGCUUCGCAAAACCGACGACCUUCAUUAAUAGUCUUAAUGUGUACAUAAAGGUUGCUAGAACCAUUUUUCAAACCUUUUUUCACCAGACCCCGAAGGCAUUAAAAAUAUGCACUUCAAAAUAAAAAAGAAUAAAACAGGACAAAAGCAAAACCGUGGUGUUAGUCACGUGCUCAGUGCAAAGCCAACAUUCGC